AUGAAGCACAAGAAGAUGAUGGUGAACCUCCUCAGCGUGAAACAGAGGUCGGGCGAGUCAAUCUGGUUAUAUGUCUCCCGAUUCAACAAAGAAUCCCUGGAUGUUAGAGACCUAGAUGAGGCCAUAGCUCACACCGCGAUGAGCAAUGGACUUACACAUGAAGACCUGAUCAAAGACUUGGCUCGAAAGCCGACCAGAAGUAUGGCCAAGCUCCUUGACAGGUGGAACGAGUUUGCAAACAUGGAAGACGUUCUCCAAGCACGCAAGGGGAAUGAAAGCAAAAGUGAGAAGAAGAGGUCAUCCACUGGCGACCGAAAAGAUGAGAAGAGAACUCGGACUGACCGCCGAGCUGAGAGGACGGACCGAGCUCGAAGUCCUAACUACACUCCCUUGAAUACGUCAUGGAAAGAGAUUCUGAUGCAAAUUCAAGAUGACGGAUACAUCCGCCGACCUCGCCCGAUGUAA